AUGGAAUUAGAAAAAUUUUAUAAGAAAGAAAAAAAUAUAAGCAACUUAGGAGCUAUUUUAAAGCCUGCUAACAUGAAUAACGGCGAAAAAAAAAUAAAGGAAAAUGAAAUAGAUUUAGAAAAUGAUGAUAAAGAAGUAAAAGAAGAUAUAGAAGAAGUAAAAAUAGAAACAAAUGAAGAUGAGCAUACAGAAAAUGAUAAUACAGAAGAUGAAAAUACAGAAAAUGAAAAUACAGAAAAUGAUAAUACAGAAGAUGAAAAUACAGAAGAUGAGCAUACAGAAGAUGAAAAUAACGAAGGUGAAAAUAAUGAGGAAAAAAAUAAUGAAGAAAAAAAUAAUAAAGAUGAAAAUAAUGAAGAAAAUAUUUCAGAAAAAUAUAAUAUAGGAGCAGUAGAAGUUCAUAAUAUAUAUGAAAGUGAUGAUAAUAUAUCAAGAAAAAGUAGUGAAAAUAAUGCUAACAAAAAGGAUUCACUUAAAAAAAAAAAGAAAAAAGCAAAAUUAAAUACAUUUAUGCUGCAAUCAUAUUUUCACAAAAGUUAUGAUAAAGUGUCAAAUGCUUUAAAAAAAACAUCUUUACCAUUUUUAAAAAGGAAUGCUAUCUCAAACGAAAAAAAAAUAAAAAAUAUUGAUAAUCCCACUGUAAACAAUAAUAAUGAAUUCACCACUUUUGCAGAAAAUGUACAGGAAAAACAUGAUGAAAAUAACUUUUUUGAUAAGAACUGGGAUGCUAUAAGUAAAUACCUUAAAGAUAAUAAAAACUUGAUAAAAAAUAAUGAAAAAAUAUUAAAAAAACACAAAAAACUUUUAGAAAACAAUGACACAUCAAAAUGUCUUGAAGAAUUAAAAGAAUUACUAGAUGAGAGAAUAUUAUUAAUAAAAUCUCUCAUCUACUACGACAAUAUGAGUAUCAAUUAUAAAAAAGAUUUAAAUAAAUAUCGAAAUUCAUAUGAAAUUUUAAAAUCAGAAAAUGAACAAUUAAAUCAAAAUAUUAUAACCUUAAAAAAUCAUAUAGAAUUUUUAAAUAGUAAUAACAUACAAAGUAGUUUAAAAAAAGAUGACAAAACUAAUGAUUUUAUGUGA